AUGGGUCGUAAACGAAAACAACGCGGUGGAAAUUUCAAGGGGAAAAAAUAUCAACGUAGCAAGAAACAGGAUGGUGGAAAUUUUUUUACGAAAUUAAGAAAAAAUCCAUUCUCGCAAAAACUUCUAACUGCGGGGAAACAAUUGGCACUGGGUGCGUUGGGGGGUCCCCAACAAACACAAGCAAGAAACGUCCGACCCCCACCCCCUAUGCCCGCCCGAAAAAAUUAUCAACAAAGGGGUGCGGGAAUCAAAAAGAAACGUAAGGGACAUGCUAAGCUUAGAAAUACUAUACCGUCCGCAAAACAUGUAAUGUAUCAUCAAUAA